AAGACUUUCAAAGCCAUCAGUUUCUUUCCACCCUGCAAUAGGACUAACUGUCUUACUUUGUGUGUUCAAACUGUAUGUAGCUACUUUACCGCACUCGCCCUCGGAAUGACGUAGCCUCGCUCAUUGAUUACUGUACAUGUCCUUUCACUGACUGCAGUCAGUUGAUGUAAACAGUCUUUUGGAACAGAUAUAGCCACGCUGCACUAAAUGUGACCAUGCUAGCUAAUCCUCUUUGCUUCGGUGAUCCCAAAGAGUCUGGAGUCCUCUGGGCUUCAGAGGCACAAGAGUGUUUUCUGCCUGAUGAAUGGAAGACCAUGCAACACUAUGGCUGGCAAUUCAAACUCUUACUGCUCUAUUUUGACGUUCCCACGGAGCCUCUGAAGACCAUCGGGCUCUGCGAUGUCCACUGAGAUGAGUACUUUGUUCUAAGCAGCUCAGCUUGAAGCGGGACAGUCAUGAGUGCUGACACAGCCAACAGGCUGGAUCUGGACCCUGAUUACCAUGCUGAACUGGCUGACAUGGUAGCGGCCAUGAACAUGGCUGCCAACAGACUGACCCCUCCUAAUGGAUGCAGGACCACCCCACAUCGCCUCAAUCUCUCCGAUCGCAAGCUGUCACUGCAGGAGCGAUCCAGUUACCAGAAUGGCGUCACCCCACGAAUAGCCAGAAGACCCACUAUUGAAUCGAAGCGGGUGUCUAUCUCUGAUGGGGAUGACUGUGUCCAGCUAAACCAGUACAAGUUAAAGAGUGAGAUAGGAAAGGGUUCCUACGGGGUGGUCAAAUUAGCAUAUAACGAAGAUGAUGACCAGUAUUAUGCUAUGAAGUUGGUGUCCAAAAAGAAGUUGAUGAAGCAGUGUGGAUUCCCACGCCGACCUCCUUCCAGGGAAUCCAAUGGAUCACAAGAGAAUCUUUUAAAGCAUUCUGGCCUGUUGGAUCGAGUAUAUCAGGAAAUCGCCAUCUUGAAGAAACUUGACCAUCUUAAUGUUGUUAAUUUAGUUGAGGUUCUUGAUGACCCGGCUGAGGAUAACUUGCACAUGGUCUUUGAGUUGGUACCUAAAGGUCCAGUGAUGGAGAUCCCAACAGACAAUCCUCUAACAGAAGAAAUGGCCCGCUUCUACUUCAGAGAUGUCAUCCUAGGAAUUGAAUACUUGCACUAUCAGAAAAUCAUUCACAGAGACAUCAAACCCUCUAAUCUGUUGCUGGGAGAUGAUGGGCACAUCAAGAUUGCGGAUUUCGGUGUCAGUAAUGAGUUUGAGGGGAACGAUGCUCUCCUAUCAAACAGUGCAGGAACACCAGCUUUCAUGGCACCUGAAACUCUGACUGACCAGGACCUGAGAUUCAGCGGAAAGGCUUUAGACAUAUGGGCAAUGGGAGUGACGCUGUUUUGUUUCGUCUUUGGAAAGUGUCCGUUUCAUGAUGAAUACAUCUUAGGCCUGCAUGAAAAGAUCAGGACUGCACAAGUUGAGUUCCCAAACAUGCCUGUGAUCAGUGAUUGGCUGAAGGAUCUCAUCAUCAGAAUGCUGGACAAAGUCCCUGAAACUAGAAUCACGUUAGCAGAAAUCAAGCUGCACCCGUGGGUCACGCUGGAUGGCACGGAUCUCCUGCCUCUGGAGGAGGAGCACUGCACCGUGGUGGAGGUUACUGAGGAGGAGGUGCAGAACUCCAUCAAACUAGUUCCCAGCCUCUCUGCUGUGAUCCUGGUGAAGUCCAUGCUGAGGAAGCGCUCCUUUAGUAACCCAUUCGAGUGUCCCAGCCGCAGACAGGGCAGGUCCAUGUCUGCCCCUGGAGGUCUGACUGUGGAUAUGUCAUUGUUUCGUCCUCUAAGCAGAGGGAGUAACAGUAACAGUCACGGAAGCAGAGAGGGAGAACUGGAAAACCUUAUUGAAGAUGAAACUUUUCCAUAAAUGAGCAAAAAUCAUUUAUUCAGAUCGCCCCAGUUUUGUGAUUAUUGUUACUUUUUUUUCUCAUCUAAACUGGAUUAUUUUGAGAAUCAACAUAAUGUUAUGCAUGAUAAAAUCUUAGGAGGUAUCUUUAAAAUAUAGAAUCUGGUAAUACUUUAUAUUAGAGUAAUAUUUGUGUUUCAUUGCAUUUAUGUGCCAAAAUUAAAGUUAAAUUGAAAGAAAUGUAGAUAUAAAUGCAUAUAUAAAGAGAUUUUAUGUAUUAGAAGUCUAUGUGGUAAAGGUCUGUAUGAUUUUUUUUUGUUUGUUUUUGUUUUUUUGUUACCCUUUUAAGGUUUUGAAGUUCUGUGGUGCAUAUAUAAAAUCUAAAAUGAAAAGAAUGUAUUUUAUUUGACAUAUUUUUAAUCAUAUAUAGCAUUUUUUAUUAUUAUGUACAAAUAAGAAUAUAAAACACAUUGCAUUUUGAGAAUAGGCCUUUGGGUUCCUUUAGUGUGCACUAUUAAUAAUCACUACGGAUGUGCUCUAGUGCCUCUGUGAGGUUGUUCUCUGAUUAGCAACACAAACCCCAGGGACUCUGUAUGCCACUCUUUUUAAAAAUAACCAUCUAAGAGAGAUAGUAUGUCAGGAUAAGAGCUCCAUUAUGGCCUAGACAGACGUGUCAACAUAGUAAACGUCACUGCUGUUCCUCUUUCAUAUUAUGAUGACAGUCCAUGAGUGAUCAAUAACCUUUAUUUCAUUGCAAACACUCUUUCAGGAUGUAUUACAGAGCUUAAGUGUAUCAAGCAUAAGUGUUUUUGUCUGUCAGAGAGCAUUCAUUUGAUCUAAGUACAUUUUCUGAAAAAAAUUGAAUGGUUGUCACCUGCUGUGCUUUGCUAUGGAGUUUCAAGGUGUUUAAACGAACUAUCUAUUGAUGAUAGUUGAUGUGCGUCACUUAGGUAUAGAUUUGGACUUAUGAUCUGGAAACAUUUAUUGGCUACUCAGGACAUGCCAGGAUGUUUAUCCUUUAUCUUCUUAGCAGUUUAGUUCUCAAAUACCAGGACGCAGUUCUUAUCUUUACUAUCUGUACAGUGUUGGUCCAAAACACUAAAGAGAACAGAAAUGAAUACAUCACUUUGUCUUACUACAGCUGACCGUGUGUUUUAUCGGCCGUGACUGGUAGGAUGAGCUGUAGGUUGGUAUAUGCAGUGCUGUCAGCAGCUGUAAGGAUGUUUGAGAUUGGGGUGGAUAUAAUGAAGGAAAAUGGGCCAGUGGAUUUUACAAUGUGGCUUUUUAUAUCAGCGCUUCAGCCUCAUGGGUAAUUCAGGACACAGGAUGCAAGCAUAUUAAUUUGAUUCAUAUUUAGACUCCCACUUUGUGGUGUCUCUCCAAAGUAUUCCACAAAAACCUGGCAAACAUUAAAAUAGUGUAAUUAUCAUAGAGGAGCAAAGAACAGAUAAUCCCAGUGUGCUCAAUUCCUGAUUUUUUGGAGAAGCUUUUAUUUUGCCUUUGUACGCUCUUUGUUCUCACAAAAUCUGUCCAAGACCAACACACAUUUCACCCCAUAUUAAAUUAUAUGAAAUAAUAUUAUAUAAUAUUAAAUAUAUAAAAACAAAGCAUAUUCCCUCUCCCAAAUUCUCAUUACUGUAAUGUGGUUUUGCAUAUAAUUUGUGAUGUCGGAACUCUAACCGUUUCACUGUUUGUAUCAUUCCCGCUUGUGGUAUUUUUCACAGCGAGUGUCAUGGCGGACUCGCAAAUCAACUACAGUGUUAUAAUACCGUUUUUGUGUCACGGAAUGUAGUUUUAAGAGUUUUUUAGGCGCUAAUGUACUUUAGACUUAAAAUAUACGGUUUGUUAAUAAA